AUGUCGUCAUCCACGUCUAUCCCGCUCACAUCGCAAGUCGGAGGUCAUGCUGGCGUCCGUUCUUCCGCAGACGGCGCUCAGAUCAUCAAGCCUUGUUUACCGGCAGAACGCGCAUUCUAUGAGACGGUGAUUCAUGCCCAGGACCCGGCAUUUGCUCUUCUUGCAAAACAUGUCCCUAGAUUCUAUGGCGUCGCGCCCGCAGAGGCCGAUGAAGGCAAAGAUGAGUACCUCUUAGCUCCCCGACCUGCGAUCGCGUCUCUCCGACUUGGCCUCAUCCUUGAAAACCUAUCGCAUGCGUUUACAAGACCCAACAUUCUCGACAUCAAACUCGGCACAGUCUUGUACGAUGAACAUGCUUCUGAAGAAAAGAAGCAGCGCAUGAUCAAGAGUGCAAAGGAAACUACUAGCUUUGACACGGGCGUCCGUAUCACGGGCUUUCAGGUCUACGACACGACAACACAGUCCUCGAUCAACAUUCCAAAAGACUAUGGUCGCGCCCUCAAAGUAGCGCAGCUCCCAGAGGCAAUGGCUCGCUUUUUCCCAAUCAAGACUCCCCUCGUCGCUCUCUCCUCCCCGACGCCCGAACAGGAAGAAUACUUCCCAGGCGGUCCGACGCAACUCGAGCCAUCGCCAGCAGGCACACCUCCUGCGCUCUUACUCCCUGUCCUCCGAGGCAUCCUCGGUGCCAUAAGGGAGAUUCGCACGGCCAUUGCCGGCACAGAAUUGCGCAUGGUCGGCGGUAGCGUCUUGAUCAUUUACGAAGGUGACCCGACCGUACUCGCACGCGCACUCGAUGCACAUGAAGAAGCCAUUAUCGAAAACGUAACCGAGCAGAGUAUUCAAGGCAAAGAAGAAGCAAAGGAGACAAUUACCACGCUCGUCGGCGCCGUUGCGGACCCCGCGGCGGCUCAGCCGUCUGCACGCGAUGGCAUCAUCCCAGCUUAUGCCGUCAAGCUGAUUGAUUUUGCUCACACAAAAGUCGAACAGGGCAUUGGACAGGAUGAAGGUGUCGUGCUCGGUUUAGACACGACGAUUUCCUUGUUGGAGGGUAGAAUUAAAGAAGUCGAAGAGGUCCUCGGUAGCGUUACCAGUGUCGUCUAA